AUGCCAAUAUUCUCCUUGCUGGCUGUGGUGAUACACGCAACAUCCUCUUCACUGCUUACAUGCAGGAAAAAUCAUAGAUACCGAGCAUCGUCUUCUAACAGCCCUUCAGCCCGCAACAUUGUUCUAUUUUCCUUCAUCAUCGAUCAUGGCGAUGACCUUGACAGCAGCUCGCUCUGGAACAUGUACUAUCAUCUUUAUCUUGAUGGGUCGGAUAUGGAAUGCCUGUCGUCACAAUCCAAAAAGCUGGUCGCGUCCUCCGAGGGCCUCGAGGCUUGGAAGUCAAGUGUAUAUGGCAGUAUGCUUCCUUUCAGCGACGAGGGUACGCUGGAUGACGUUCGAGCGGUCUGGCUCAAGUUUGCAGCCGCUUCCACGAAACCCGACUCUGCACAGGGAGAAACUUUCCAAAGCCACCUCAAACGGUCCUUGGCUGACAUGGCCUUACGAUUCCGAAGCAAAGAAAACGGGCUGCCCCUCGUCACCACUGCUAUGCGCUCUGCAGCACCCAUAUUGACUGCGGUACAACAAGACGUUGUUGAAGAAUACAAGCACUACUGGAAGCACGGAACCACCGGCUUCGAUGCACCAUCCAUUCCCAACCCCAUGAUCGCAGCCUCUCUUUCCGAGCAAGUCGCCCUUCACUAUGGCACUGAUCCCAUUCUGGGGUUCCACCUCGCCACGGGCUAUGCGCCCCUGGCCGAGGCGUCACCGCUGCGUCCCGAAUACGCUCAUGAAAAGUUCAAGGCAGUGGCUUCGGCAAAGGCCCAAUUUAAGCUUGGCUUAUUGCCUGCAGAAAUCCUCGACAACCUCCUUUGCGGCCAUGCUCCCACUGUCUCGUUGCUCCUAGGCGUUAGUCCAGUUGAAUACUGGACGAACGCCACAGCCGUCUCGACGCUGCAAGAAGUAAUGCUUGGGCUGAGCGCCUCUAAGACCAGCCCUGUCCAGGUUCACAGCCGUAUCAGUUGGAAACACAAUGGAAGCUUGUCUGGCACCCAUGCCUCCGUCCGUGUCCAGAUUCAGCCUCGAGAGCUUGCCGCGAUCGUCUUUCAGAUGUACCUGAAGAUGUUCGCACACGAAAACCCGAUGGCGAUGCUAACACUAAAUGGCCCUGAUAGCUCACAGUACGGUCCGACCUCUGUCUUUACUCACUUUCACCGCGGCAGCCUCAUGGCACUGCUCAAUUUUCUUAGGAAGUCAACACUGGUCACAGACAUUACAGAGAUCUGCAUGGAACUAGAUAAAAUGAUUCGAGCGGACAAGGCUCUCGGAUUCACGAGCCAACAUGCUCAAGAGAGGGGCUCACUUUUCCACGUGCACAACCUCUUCUCCCCCGACUGGCUUCGCAGCGCAAUUCGCCGCAGCCCAUCUGCUGGGUCAUUUGCCGCCUGGUCCGAAAUCCCCGAAGUCGUGGCUGUUACGUUGGUUAUUCCGCGUGCAGAAGUGUCCCGACUGUACAGCAGUUCACCAGAGGCUAGGCUUUCUGCACCGACAUUCAUGGGAUCGUUGAGAUCUAGUCCUACUGCCGCCAGCCAGUGGCACAACACGUUUGGUGACGUACAUCUGAACUUUGGCACAGUCAGCACUUCAGGCCUGGCGACAGAAGACGGCUUCCGUGUGCACGUAGAUCAGGAUGAGAACGGGUGGUCCAGUAAUGCACCGCUGAUUGCCUCGUUCUAUGUCCCCACUGGUGCGCUCCAAGCCGAACCUAAGUCGGCCUUGAUCGGGCUUGAGGUUCAGGUUAAUCCUCAAAGUCUAGCUUUCUACUCUCCAGUUCUCGGCCCGGAAAUGCUGGUGUUCCAGGCACGAUUGGACGCAGUCAAGCAUGUCUUCGUCACGAAGUAUCUUCCUGGUCAGAAAAUAUACCCAGUGUAUUGUGCAGGGCCAGGAAAUUUUGAUAUUUCAACCGGCACGCCUGGUAUUAGUGGACAGUCGCGCUUCAUGGCCGAGACUGACUUGAGCGGCAAGAUCACCAGUAUAGUUGGCCGCUUGAGCCAACUCCCCCAGCAAGCUGAAAAGCUUCUCAAAGACAAAGCCGCUGUGAAGCUUCGUCAGGCGUCACCGUUCACGGUGGAGUUUGUCUUUGUUGACACUAACGUGGCUCUACCCAUGACAUUUCCAGUCCCGGUUGACUCACGCAAUGGACGGACGCGCGUCGCUCGAAAGUCGGGCUAUGUUGAAGCCGUAGUGCCCUUUGGAGAGCCUCUGUCACUACCAGCCCUGACAGACUUCAUGUAUCCAUCGCUGGCCGCCCAGGACGUCAAAUUCGGCUUGAUUCCCGUCACAUUGAAUUCUCCCCAUCUUGCCCUCGAUCGCCUGCCCAUCCUGAACCUUUCUGACAAGAAGUCACUUGGAUGGCUCACGUCUCUGACGUCUGCGCAAUUCUCACCGCGGGAGGCACAGGCUCGCGAAGCGUCGCAAAAGGGAGGGGUCAAGUCGGCAUCUGCUCGUCUUAACUUCAAGGAGUCUCUCUUCACCAUUUUCAUGAUCGCUUCUGGCUUACAGGGGGGUCAGACGGGGCUUUUUGCCAUUGACCAUCCUGACCGCGGCGGGAUCCACAUGCUUCUCUUUGUCUCGGCGUUCCGGCUCGACGGCGCCUCUUCUUCGAUCGUCCUCGAUGCCGCCGUUCUCCCCUUGACCAUAUCCAUUAUCACGUCCGGCGACGUCGGCGACUUCCUGAUGACCCUGCGCACCCUGGAAAUCUGUUCUAUCACAGUCGACGAUGACGAGCUCGUCCUGUGGAAGAGGGCGCUGCCUGCUCUGGCUGAGCGGGGACGUAGUUGGUCUCAUAACAAGUCCUGUGAAUACGCCGAGUCUGGCAAGAUUCCCCUCUCCGUUGAGCCUGGUGAAUCGGUGCUCUGUUCCUGCGGCGCCGGUCGCUUCCCUGACAACUUUGUCGGCGUACCGUACUGGGAACAGGGCGCAAAGCACGCGACACGCGUUGCCAUCAGUCCCACGUUCGCCGUGUCGUUGGUCGAAGACGUAUUUGACUUUGACAGAUUCCGCUCGCUGGCAAGCAAUGAAGACGUCCCCGCAAAGGAGCGCUGCAGCAACUGUCGCGCGACCGAGGCCAAGGGCACGGGUGGGCCGCUCAAGAAGUGCUCCCGAUGCCAGACAGCAAAGUACUGCAGCGCCGAGUGUCAGAAGAAGGACUGGCGGGUUCACCGAGGCGAGUGUGCGCCGAUGCUGCAGUAG